CCUAGGAAACAGCAACCCUGAGCUGACAGCUGCCUCUUCGAGGGAAGAAUCUGCAUGUGACAGGCACUGCUGGCGUUUCAGAACUCCAGAUCUGGGAUGCUUCAGUCCCUGAAUGGUGCGUCAUACACUGAGCAUCGUCUUCAUGUCCAAGGAAACUCAUCAUCUCCUUCCCCACAAGGAAGGCCUCGUUUUACCUCUCCGCCAUCUCACUCCAGAGCUGGAGCACCUGAGGAAAAACUGGGCCUCAGUCUGGAUGACUUCAUCCCAUGGCACCUCCAGAAAAACUCCUCUUUCAUCAGCAGCAGGAACCCAGUAUCUCCACAGGCUACAUCUACUCCACAGGCAGUGAGGGCUCCCUCGAACCACAGAGUUCCUGUGAUUCGUCAUUGCGGUUCGAACACCUUGAAUUUUGAGUUCCACGACACAGCCCCCCGCACUGUGUACAAUGGGAUCUCUCAGCCGUGGAAAACAACCUCAGCAAAUAAUUGGUAUCCCACCUGGCCUGCUAAAGAAAUUAGACCACUGACAUCCAAAGCAGCACCUGUCCCCCACCCAGUUGGUUCACCUGCUAGCCCAGCUGUCAAUGGCACUGCACAACCAGGUUGGUCUGCCACCUGGACAAAAGAUGGCCGGAGGAAGGAAAAACGCUGGGUGAAGUAUGAUGGCAUUGGACCAGUGGAUGAGUCUGGGAUGCCCAUCGCCUCACGAUCGAGUGUGGAUAGUCCUCGGGACUGGUAUCGGAGCAUGUUCCAGCAGAUCCACAGCAAGCUUCCUGAAUCAGAACUGGACUGGGACUUCUCCUACAACUCUAGAGAUCAUAGGCCUCCGGGGUUCAUGCAGAAAAGCCAGCCAGCAGCCCUGGCAUCAAGCAGCCAAGCAGCAUUCAAGCACCGGCAGAAUGGCUUAGACUGGAGAAGUUGGGAAGCAGCUGAUGCUGCAGCCAUGGAGCCCAAGAGCAUUUUUGACUAUGAACCCGGGAAGUCAUCCAUCCUCGAUUAUCCCAGCUCGCCUUCGAAGCCCCUCACAGCAUAUUCAGCACAACACCGCCCACCCUCCCCACCCAUUGAGGAGUUACUGGAGAGGGAGCUGCAGCAGCUGAGCGAAGAGCUGGACAAGGACAUCAGAGCCAUUGAGCUUUCCCUCAAGGGCUCCUCCUGGGCCGCUUCGUCCGGCUGCGCCUCUGCUCCUCCGGCCUCGGCUGCCCGCCGCAGCCCACUGCCUGACUGCAGCACCUAUCCUUCCACAGGACAAAGCCUCUCUGCAGCUCAGGGCCACUUGCCAGCCAGCCCUAGAAUGGAGAAAGGAAGCCCAGGCAUUGCCCGGAAUAACUGGAGCAGCUCUCCACCCAGGAAUGAUCCUCUGAGACUUGUUGGGAUAAGCCCCUUUCUUGAUUCUUCAGAAAUUGUCUUGGAUAGUCCCCCAAAGAGAGACGAGAAGAAGAUGAAAGCUGCUCGGCUCAAAUUUGACUUCCAGGCAGAGUCGCCAAAGGAACUGACUUUGCAGAAGGGUGACAUUGUCUACAUUCACAAGGAAGUGGAUAGAAACUGGCUGGAAGGAGAACACCAUGGCAGAGUGGGCAUUUUCCCCACCAACUAUGUGGAGGUCCUGCCUCCAACAGAAAUCCCCAAGCCGAUCAAAUCCCCCACCGUCCAAGUCCUGGAAUAUGGAGAAGCGGUAGCUCAGUACAACUUCAAGGGUGACCUGGCAGUGGAGCUGUCAUUUCGGAAGGGUGAACGCAUCUGCCUGCUUCGCAGGGUGGACGGAAACUGGUACGAGGGCCGCAUAUCUGGCACCAACCGCCAGGGCAUUUUCCCAGCCAACUAUGUGCAGGUGGUGAAGGAACCGAGAGUGAAGAACUCGGAGGAGUUUCCUUCCUCUCCAGGCCUGCGGACCUCUUCUGGCUCCCCGUCCCAGCCACACUCACCCAGCCUGAGCAGCAGGGGGCAGCUCAACACCUCCCCAUUGAGCCUUCAGGGCUCCCUGGCCACAGAUGUGCUGCAUUCCUCCUCCUCGAGCCACUCAGGAUUCACUUUCCCUGCAUCCCCGAAGUUUGAGCACCCAGAGGCUGUGCCCCGCAGGCCCCAGAGCACAGACAGAGCAGCCUCCUUCAGUCCCCACAUCCAGAGCCCUGUCAAAACAUCCAGCAGCAGCCCAUCGCCAGCCUCCUCCUUCCAGAUUCAGGAGCCUGAGCAGCCUGCUGUCCCCACCUUGGCUCCACAACCACCAGCCGUCUUCCCACCGCAGGCCGCUGCCCCUGGAGCUUCCCAGCCAUGCAGCCCUGGACGUGUCUCUUCUUGUGCGCCCCCCUCCAGUGCGCAGUGGACCCUAUACCAGGCUCUCUAUCAGUACAGACCCCAGAACGAAGAUGAGCUGGAGCUUCAUGAAGGGGACCAAGUGGAUGUUAUGCAGCAAUGUGACGAUGGCUGGUUUGUGGGUGUCUCUAGAAGAACACAUAAAUUUGGCACUUUCCCUGGGAAUUACGUUGCCCCUGUGUGAUUGCUCCUCGACCAACCCUUCGUGUGCCAAGUGGAAACUGAGUCAGAAUCUGCUGCUCUUGUAUCCGGUUUCCUUGGAAAGACAAGGAGCAAAAAGAGAUGGUGGUGUGAGAGCCAGCCUGGAGCCCAAGCUGCGUUCAAGGAAGGUCUUGCCGCUUGUCCCCUGGAGACCUCUGUGCCUUGACCACCACCUUCCACUUCUGUGUCUUGGCUUCCUUGUACAGGGUGAUCACACUCUUAUUUUCCCCACCCUCCAGUAUUUAUGAAGCAUCAUUAUUUCAAGCCUUUCUGUGACAAGCAAGAGACUCGGGCUAAGCAGACAAUGCAGAUAACCUCCUGGGCUCUUUGCUUGCUGUGGCCCAACUGAGUUCCCUCUUUGUGGGCAAAUCUGGCAGUGUCAGCCCUUCUGCCAGCUCUCAUAUCAGCAGUGCAAGGUGGAGAUGGGAUUGUGACCCUGUGACUGCCCUGCAUCCAAUCUCCAGAAUGAUCCUGCUUCCUUGCAAUGGACCACAAACACUGCUGUGGUGUUCUGCGGACUCUGUAACCAAUGUCCCACCACAAGUGAUGAGCUUAUGGUGCUCUCUGAGCACCCACAACCUUCUCUGUGUUCCAUGGGAAUCCAUGGACACUGCCGAGAGAAGGCUGCUCCACCAAGUUUAUGCAAGGCCGUAUGGCUACCAGUAGUCACAUUUUUGUACCCUGCCCAACUACCCUCAAAGGCUUUGCCUGCUGGAAGUCCAUCUAAAUAGUCUCUCCAUCUAAAGGAUUCAUUUAGAACUUUGAUCAAAAUAACUUCCAAUCAUUCCUCUUCAUGUUUGACCCUGUGAGUGGAUGCACUGUCUUGCUUGUGUUAAACUAAAAGACGUGAUCACUUGGAGAGUUAGCAGAUUCCUAGGGCUACUCUGCAGCUAGAGCACACUUUGGGCAUUCCUUUAGCCUAAACUCUCUGUCUUUGCUUGCAGUUCAUCUUCAUCCUCCUCGCCUAAUUUUGAGCACCUGCUACAAAGGGUUUAAUAUUGAUACAAUUGUUGGGGGUCGUAGAAAGGAAGUGAAGGGGAGAAUUCAGUCCUGUUACGGUUACUGACAUCUGUGCUAAUUGACCCCAACCAAGAAGCAGUGGUGGUUACUGCUUUUGCAUAAGUGCCCAUUGUCCACAGCUCCUCUCUGAAGAUGCAUCUCAUUCCUGCCCCCAGCAGCAAAAGCCAGACACCGUUGGAGACCCGCAAGUCUCCUAUCCUGGCAUUAGAAAACUGAGCCUGUUUGUAUGUUGCCUGUACCCUGCCUUUAAUCUCCUUGAACUUUCCAUUCUGGCAGUCUCCUUUCACCUCCAAAGUCAAGGGUCAAGACCGGAGGGAGAUUUCUAGGUCUAAAGAUAUUCUCUAGUGGCUAGAGUAGCCGCAGCUUGAGUUGUUCUCAAACUUCUGGGGAUAUGCAGCUGGUGAGGCAGAAAAAACAGGAAAGAGACAGUGGGGGAUUGUAUUGGGCCAAGAACACUGAGACAUCUAUGUCUCCUGCAGCCUCUUGCACAGUGCUAACAAAAUUGUCCUCCACACUGCAGCAGAACAGCUGUGCAUGUGGGGUGUUGAGACAGUCCCACCCAUGGAGAGAAGAUGUGCAGGUUGAGACCAGCCCUGGUGGAGUGGAGUCUCUGCUCUAGGUAAACAACAGGGGCUUCCUUUUGUUUUUAAGAAACAUGGUAGCAGCACCUUGCAGGUUCAGGCUCAGCGUCUUGGCUUGGUGGUUUUCAGACUCUUUACCUUCCAGGAAGCCUUUCCUGCUGUCCCCCCGCCCCCACCUGGUGUGCAUGUGCCACAGAACCCAGCACAUAACAAAGGACUGUAGCUUGCUUUCAUCAGGUGAGCACUGUGCAGGAUGUGAUCCUCUUGCCAGUCUUAGGCAGUUUGGACACCAUACCUUUAAAGCAACCCCCCCC